GAGGAGAGGAGAGCGAAGCGCGGGACAGUAGUGAGGAGGAUCGCUUGAAGUUGAAGCGCCAACAAAUAACAAUGGUGAACUACAUGCUGAUGAUUACCGCUGACCUUGAGAACCUCACCAAUCUUCAACCCCAAGGUGGCUGCGAUGACCCCAACUUCUCCUACCUCUUCAAGGUAAAAUGUGGGAGAUGCGGAGAGGUCAGCCAAAAGGAAACUUGCGUGGAAUUGAAUGAAACUGUUCCUCUCCCAGUUGGUAAGGGGACAACCAAUCUCAUUCAGAAGUGCAAGUUUUGUGGCAGGGAUGGCACAGUGACAAUGAUUCCAGGCCGAGGUAAACCACUUACCCAGGAAACAAGUCAAUCAGGGAAUUAUGCCCCAUUAAUGUUAUUCGACUGCAGAGGCUAUGAGCCAGUGGAUUUCAUAUUUUGUGGUGGAUGGAAAGUUGAAUCUCUAGAGGGAACUAAAUUUGAAAAUGUCGACUUGUCAAGUGGAGAGUUUGCCGAAUAUGAUGAGAAGGGAGAGUGCCCAGUCAUGAUAUCUAAUGUGCGUGCUACCUUUGAUGUGGUAAAGUAGAGUGGACGCCAUAAACAUGGGCAAGGACGAGGUAACGUCCAUUGACAUGGUGAACGGACAAAACAUUGAGUUGAUGUGUUAUUUGGAGAACUGGGCAUUGAACUGGUGUUCUUGCUUUGGAGUUUGGAUGCUGUAUGUAGUUUCUAACUAGCCUGUUUUCCUGGUGUAUAAAACUAUUCUGAUGUGAAUGAGCUUCUAAGAUGUGACCUGCAUCAUAUCAUAAUUAGAAACAAAAUUUGUGGGUUUUUUUGUUGUUGCAAGGAACAAUUAAAAACCUCACCA